AUUCUAUUUAGCAUCGAUCAAACUGUCACCAAACAAACAAUACAAAACGCAAACCCAUAAUGUCGCAUAUACUCGCAUCCAAACUCGACUGCCAAUGCGCCAGAAAAAACAGUCCAAUGGAUUCGGUGAUAACGCCGAUUACCCAGGAACUCAAAUGUAUGCAAAAACUGAUCAAAAGGAUCAGACACACUCAGAUGGUCGACCUUAUUCAACGGGAAACGGAGAUGUACGAUGCUGAGCUGAAGGCCCGGAAUCUUUCUAUUUGGCAUGAAGCUGAUCAUCGACACUGCAAAUGACCUUUCAGACAGCCAACACAGAUCGUUAGAUGUAACGAUCUUCUUUUUAAUGAUAUUUCAUUUGAGCUAAAGUUUGCACCUUUUUCUAACUCACUUAUAUUUUUCCAAAACAUUGCAA